AUUCAGAGUUUUCAGAGUCAAGCGGAAACUUCAAAUAUUCAACAACUCAGGCCGAGAUCGAUCUCGAUGAGCUGACUUUUGGACCUUCGGCGUUAAUGGCGCUGUAACAUCAAGCCAUGGGCAAGAAGCUAGCACACAGAAUCCGCGAAGCUAAAGAAAAGGCCCGUCCAGAAUUGAAGGGUGAGGAGGGCUGGUCACGUUAUAAUUUCUCACGGACGCUUCAUCUAUGGCCGCACAAGUACGUGGACAACGUAGAGCGUAUUCACGAGAGAGACUUUGGUCCGGCACAGUUCAUUGAGCGCUUUGAGCGUCCUGGACAUCCUGUAAUCAUCUCCGGGAUUGUGGAUACCUGGCCGGCGAAGGAGAGAUGGACAAUACAGCGCUUAGGCAAGAAGUAUCGCAACCAGAGGUUCAAGUGCGGAGAGGAUGAUGAGGGUUAUAGCGUGCGAAUGAAGAUGAAGUACUACAUGGAGUACAUGGAGUCAAAUAAAGAUGACAGUCCGUUGUACAUCUUUGACAGCACGUUCGGUGAUCAUGCAAAGAAGAAACGUCUCCUCGGAGAUUAUCAAUUACCAAAGUAUUUUACAGAGGACUUGUUCCAUCUAGCCGGAGAGAAGCGAAGACCACCAUACAGGUGGGUUGUGAUAGGUCCGAGUCGAUCAGGCACUGGCAUACAUAUUGAUCCCCUAGGCACCAGUGCGUGGAAUGCCUUGAUUUCUGGACAUAAGCGAUGGGCGAUGUUCCCACCGCACACACCAAAGGAGAAAGUGCAAGUGCAGCGCACUGAGGGUGGAUAUCAGACCGACGAAGCCGUCAUGUGGUUCCAGACGGUCUAUCCGCGCACUCAGUCCGAGUCUUGGCCGGCAGAUUGCAAACCAAUUGAGCUAAUCCAAGGGCCCGGCGAGGUAGUCUAUGUGCCCGGUGGCUGGUGGCACGUUGUCCUGAACCUGGACACCACGGUAGCUGUUACGCAGAACUUCUGCAGCACAACUAACUUCCCUGUUGUCUAUCAUAAGACCGUCAGAGGUCGGCCGAAGUUUGCCAAGAAGUGGCUUUCUCAGCUACAGAUUCAUCGGCCUGACUUAGCCGCCAUUGCAGGCGCCGUUGACCUCUCCCAGCCCUCUGGCCUCCCCUCAUCCUCAUCCAGUGGCUCAUCAUCAUCCUCGUCAUCUUCAUCCUCAUCAGACUCAGAUAGCGAAGAUAGUGGUGUAGGAAAUCCAAGCACAGCCAAGGUCAAGCGGAAAAGGAAGCGUGCUUCGUCUGGUGACAGUAAGUCUGACAGUAGUGAUGAAGAUGAUCACUGCUGUGCCUCGCCAAAACGCCGUGGCCGAUGAUCAAUCACUGGUUUGUACUGCCUUUCCAAGACCGCAUGAUGGUCUUGUACGAAACGUUGUAGACAUGUGCAAAUCUCUGAUUUAUAGGUGCAGCUUUAUCAUGCACACCCUAGUACUGUUUGUUCUGCCUGUUGCCGAGAAGAAUGUUUCUUGAUCUUGCUGAAGUAGCUUUGCCUUAUCUAGUCUCGCUCGCACGCGUUAACACCAUUGCUUUAGUUUAGCCGCCAUGUAGGCAUGAAAUACUGAGUGUGUGUGUGUGUGCGCGCGAAUUUCAUCACUUUCAGCUGCUAGUACUUAUAGUAUUUUAUUGUUGAUUUUUUGAUUGGUUGUGAGUCUUGUGACCAUCAUCAUCAAUGUUAUCGGUAUGCAUGUUGCCCAGCGUGUCUUGCCAGCACUGUACUCUCCGUAUGUCUGUCACUCGCCACCCUGUGUCGAGACUCCCAUCUUCUGCACGCAAAGAAAACGUACAUCCGUGCACAGAUUCGUAUUAUGUUUGACACCUUGACUGCUUUAUCUCAAGAAGAUCUCAUCUUGUUUUGGCCCAGCAUUGCUGCAUCCGCUUAUUCUCUCAUUUGCGAAUUGUAUCUCUUCACCUACCCUCUAGUAUUUUCUCUUGCCCAGCUCUGCUGCGCCGCUUUUUAUUUUGCUUGUGCCUUGCCGUCAGGCUUUUCUUCCUGCUACCUGCUACUGCUGCUGCUGCUGUUCAAGUGUUGCUACUCGGACUAGCUAAGUCAUGUUUCUCAUGUCAUUUAUAGAUACUUUGCUAUUGCUGUACAAUUGUCCUUCCCGGUUUCCGUUAUUCCGAAGCUUUUCUAUCUCUAACGGUGGAUUCUA